GCGGAGGGAGAGAAGAUGGCGGAUGGCGACAGCGGCAGCGAGCGAGGGGGCAGCGGGAGCGGCAGCGGCGGGGGCGGUGGGGGCGGCAGCGGCUUCCAACCCCUGUCCCGCGGGGGCGGCGAGCAGGAGACCCAGGAGCUGGCCUCGAAGCGGCUGGACAUCCAGAACAAGCGCUUCUACUUGGACGUGAAGCAGAACGCCAAGGGCCGCUUCCUGAAGAUCGCCGAAGUGGGAGCGGGCGGCUCCAAGAGCCGCCUCACGCUUUCCAUGGCCGUGGCCGCCGAGUUCCGAGACUACCUGGGCGACUUCAUCGAGCACUACGCGCAGCUGGGGCCCAGCAGCCCCGAGCAGAUCGCGGCGGCCGCGGCGGCUGCGGGUGCCGAGGACGGCGGCGGGCCCCGGCGGGCGCUCAAGAGCGAGUUCCUCGUGCGGGAGAACCGCAAAUACUACCUGGACCUCAAGGAGAACCAGCGUGGCCGCUUCUUGCGCAUCCGCCAGACCAUCAACCGCGGGCCCGGCGCGGGCGGCGGCUUCGGCGGCGGAGGCGGGCCGGGGCCGGGGGGAGGCCUGCCGAGCGGCCAGACCAUCGCGCUGCCGGCGCAGGGCCUCAUCGAGUUCCGAGACGCGCUCGCCAAACUCAUUGACGACUACGGCGGCGACGACGACGAGCUGGGCGGCGGCCCCGGCUACGGGGAGCUGCCCGAGGGCACGUCCAUCACGGUGGACUCCAAGCGCUUCUUCUUCGACGUGGGCUGCAACAAGUACGGCGUGUUCCUGCGGGUGAGCGAGGUGAAGCCGUCUUACCGCAACGCCAUCACCGUGCCCUUCAAGGCGUGGGGCAAGUUCGGGGGCGCCUUCUGCCGCUACGCCGACGAGAUGAAGGAGAUCCAGGAGAGGCAGAGGGACAAGCUGUACGAGCGCCGGGGCGGCGCCGGGGACGAGUCCGAGGGCGAGGAUGUGGAUGACGACUGAAGCUGGGGCAGCCUCCCCGACUCCAGCACCCCUACCCUGCUCCAAACCGUAAGCCCCCUCCCAGAAAUCCCCCUCCCCGCCGGAAUGCUCCCCUUCCCACUCACUCCUGGUAGCUGGGGGAAGGGGGAGGCCCCUAGAGAAACAAACCAACAAGAAAAUAACAAGCAGUGCUAAUUAAAGAAAUAACCACCAGGAAACUCGCGGACAACUAGAAAAGAGCAGCAAGUUCAAAGGAGAUGACACUGACCUAAGUGGUGAGGAGAAAGUGCCUCUUCACCAGAGAGAAAUCGCCUCAAAAACCCCGUCCCCACUUGAACUAUCUGAACCUCAUCCAAGAUUACAUCCUCACCCGCCUUUGACCUGGAGAUAGAAACACGUUUUGAAUUGCCCAGAGCACCCACCCAAGGAUAUCUGAUUUUGAGUUGUGUUGUUCCUGGACUACUUAAAUUGGUUCUAUAAAUCUUCCCAUUGGCCCCUCCGGUUCUAUGUUGAAUUCCUUCACCUUUGAAACCAGCAUCUUGGUGUCUAAAUCUUUGCUAAGUCCACGAAGAUAAGGGGAGAGAGGUUGUUGCAAGUUACCCAUUUCCAAAGGUGCAGGUCCAUAAAGGAAAAUACAAAUUUAAAAGUACCUACUAAUCAUGGACUCACUGGGAGAAAUGAAAAUUCAAAAGCUCUUGGGGGAAUAUGGAAACAAAUUUGGAUUUUAAAAUAAGGUUUUGGAGGGAACCUGGACCAAUGUCUGUUGUCUUUUUCUUUGCAGAAUUUCCUUCCUCCCCCCAUGCAAACUGAUGGAGAUAUCAGUGUUUGAACUGGAAUCCAUUACUAAAAUAGUUUUAAAGUUGGCAAGGUUUCUGAAGAUUUUAAUGGACAUUUUUGUAUUGGGGUGGGGGGUUGCAUAAGAAGAAAUCAGGCAUAAAGCACAAAGAAAACUGUUUGAGUGGAUUGGUUGCUACUCACUAAAGUUCUUCCCCUUCUCUCCAAAUAUGGAGGUUAUUAUAAAGAAAUGGCUUAGGUAUGAAGAAAUGAGAGCCAGCUUUCGUAUGGCUCCAAAAAGCAUAAGCCUGUGAAUAGUAGAUAAUUCAGCAAUGCCAUCCAAAGGCUGACUGGAUUUUAAACCAUAACUUGCAUGAUAUCAGCAAAAGGAAACAUGUGGCUACAUGCCUGAGCUUUGAAAGAAUGACUGAUAUCCAUACAAAAGUUGGAAAUUAACAAAACUGAAGCCUCCAUUUACCUUCAGUUUAAUCUAUGGACUUGUUUAAAUAACAUCCUCAGGUCCAGAAUUUCCAGCAUCAGUUAUUCUUUUACAAGAAUUUUUAAAGGAGAACUUGAUCCAUUUUUAUCAGUACCUCACAAUCAAAGUUGGCACAUGAUGGAUGGAUGAUUCAGAGCAGCAGGCCCAAUGGAAGCUGAAAUCCAUCACUAAAAGGAGCUAAAGUGAAAAUGAAUAAGCUGACUAUAUACCCUGGAAGCUUUUUUAUACCAUCUUGAAAUUUCAACAUAAACUGGCUUCUGCCAGUUCAUCUUAGCUGUCUUUCAAGAAUAAAAGUUGGGGUUUUCAAGGAUCACCUCUUCUAUAUUUUAAAUGGAUUCUCUCUAUGAAUGGUUUUUAACUAAUCAAGUCAAUCCUACCCCCCUUCAGAAAAGGUAUUUCUAGAAAUGUUAAUGUAUCCUAGGUAACUUUGAACUGAAUGGGAUCUAAACUGUUCAUUCCAAAGUUUUCAGGUAUUACUUGUGCAAACACCUUCUCACACAGGAGGCAGGUAACCUCACCUCCACAGUCUUCUUAGUAUUUUUUAACUGCAUGCCUGCCCUUUCUUUGAGCUGCCUUUUUAAUUUAUUGCAUACCCUUUUUAUUACCUUGUUUUGGUAUUACUCAAUCUAUACUAUCUUUUUGUUUUGUAUUUAUUGGAAAAUAAGGAAUAUACAAAAAGGUCAUUCUUAUGCAUUUGUGGCUGAGAGGGAGAAGAAAUUUUACAUAAAAGUUUGGCUGUUUAUAGAAAUUAGAUUAUCCAGAAUAUUGAUAAUCGAAGGUUAGAAGUACAAGAGCCACAAACAUGUACUUAAGCCCUUUUAAAACAAAUUCUCUUCUCCCAUCAUCCACAAUAGACUUUUUAAACAGAUUUUUUAAAAAACAGUUUUUGUUUUUUAAUUUUUCUCCGUUGCAAAGAAUGUUUCCUAAAUUGUAUGGGAGCAAUAGUAUUUUUUGAUGUUUUAAUUACAUCCGUAUUCUUGUACUGUAUUUUGUACUACAAGGCAGCUGUUUUCAAUAAUGUCCUGCUGUAUUUACCUUUGUAUUUUGUUUGAGUGUGUUCAGUUCUUUGCUGCGGAGAACAAGUCCCAAAAUAAUGUUUGAAUAGGACAGCUUUAGGGUUGCAGAAAACUGCUUUAAAUAAUUUCAAAAAUUUGAGGCAGCAAUGAAAAUUAAGGUUGCAGCCAUUAAGUGUAUAUUGCUGUAACUUUUUCAUUUUGAAACCAUAUACAAUUCCUGUAUAGACCAACUUGUUUUGUUGCUUCAGUGGUGAUCGUGUUGCUCAGCUGCUGUGAGCCAAUUCGAUUUUGCAAAGGUGCAGUACCUCUCCUUUUCAAGGGGUUGUUUGUUUUUUUUGUUUGUUUUUUUUUAUUGAAUUGCAGUAACUAGCCUUGCCUUUCUACUCUGUAGAAUUGACAGGGUCUUCACAAUCCUUUACCCGUGGCUUUUUAAGCUAUAAUUAGCUGCAUAGGAAGUAUGUGGAAGUGGACAGAGGCAUAUAUAGAGUGUAUGCCAAGAACACUACCAUAUACGGCAUCAGCUUUGGUAACCAGAGAAAUUUUCUCUCAGUCAUUAGACCAUAUAACAGUGAUGUAUCGUGCAAAAAAUCUUGAGUAAUCAAUUUGAGAAUCCUCCAAAAAUAGGAGCAAAGAAUGCAUAAGCUAUGUGUUGGAAGAAGUAAUUUAUAUUAAAACUCUGACCUGCCUGGAUAAGACUAGUUAAAUGUCACCAUGGUGGGUUUUUAAGUCUUAACCAAUCUUGAGGAUUUGAUUUUCCCCAAAGGGGGUGGUUCAUGGCCUUUCUUCCUACUGCAGGAAGAUUGGGAUCCAUUCUAAGAAGGGUAUGGGUUAAUUGUCCACUGAUUGUCAUUCCUGACCCCAAGGACAAUAGAAAUCUGCAGAAUACAGGGACUACACUUUUGCAAAUUUUUUGCUAUUGGAGUGCUUCAAAAGAUCAUAAAUAUUAGCUUAUUUGAAGUCUGUGGUCCUUUUUAAAUCUAGUUAGGAAGAAAGCAUUUUACAAACUGCAGUGUGGGAAACAAACCUGGUUGGGUUUUGUUUUUUGUUUACCAUUGCUGUGAGCAGUGAUUUUUUUUUUACUUCAUCAAGCAUCUCAAUAUUCACACACUCAGAAUACCCGUCCUGUUUGACAAGUCCUAGAGCUACUUUGCAAAUGAUUGAUGAAAGGUUUGUUCCUCAUACUACUGUUUUCUCAGCUUGUUUUCACUGUAGAGUUCCUACAACUUACAAGAAUUAGAAACAAAAUAUUAGCAAAAAACCAAUAAUCUAUAAAUAUGUCCUUAUAUUCCUGAUUUCUAUUGUCCUUAUUCAUCAUUCAGCCAAUGGAAUGACAAUUCCAGUCUGCAGACAUGUCAAUGCAUUUGCUGUACAAGAAAAGUAAGUCUGUAUGGCACCAAAAAAAAAAACCAAACCAAAAAACCAGACACCCUGUGUAAAUAUUUGAGGCAUGUAGGUGGCAUAAAUGACUGUAGCUGUACUAUACAGAUAGCUACUUGUCAAUUCAAUUUUUAUAAUUAAUACAGAAUGAUUCUGAGGGUCUGUGGAUUCAAGCAGUCUUUAAAACCUCCUGCUUUGUUUGUUACCUUUGGAUCACUUUGCAGCAAAUUACAGGUCUUUUAAGAGAUUCCGGGCUUCAGUUUCCUCCCAAAAACCAAACUACAAACAUUUAUCCUGUUUUUUAUUUGAAAAUGUGCAGGGUAAUGGGCAAAAAAGGCUGGUUACAAUAAUGCCCUCAUAUUGAGUGGUCUGUUAAUGACUGCACACUUCAGGCAUUGUAAUAGCUGAAGAUGACUUGUUAAAUGUGACUUUUCCCCAAUGUUACAAAGAUGUAGAAUGAUCUACACAAGGUAUUAAAAAGUGACUAUUAAUUUCCAUCUACCUUGCUCUUCAGAGAGUGUCAGUUAAUAAAUUUGGGGGGAAGCUUGAGUGUAUGUAUAGCUCAUGCACAUGAGUAUUCUUAACUAAGUUUUGUUUUUAUUUUUAACCAGAUUAUGGUACUUUAUCAAAUGCACAACUAAUCUCUCAGUAGAUAUUCAUUUGAAAAUAGUGUGGCCUUGAUCAGUGAGAAGGGGAAAAGACUUGUUUUUUGCCUAUGUAAAAAUGACUCAUUUGCUAGGAGUCAUAAUUCUCUAUCUGAUAUUUUUGUGGUAGGUCUCCUUUUGAUCAGGAAAAAAAAUAAAAUGUUUUUGUGUUCAUUUAGGUAUUAAUUACAUUCGAUUGUCUGUUGUGUUUAGAGACUAUCAGAAUUGUUCUGAUGAAUAUCAAAGUUGACUGCUUUGAUGUCCAAUCUCAGGUUUUAAAACAUAGUGGUGUGAAAUCCCACUGGUUACUGACAAAACAAUUUUAUUUUAGAAUACCUUAAAGCUCACAUAUAUCCGGCCUGUUUAGACAGCAGACCCUCCAUCUUGUUACUCUUUUCCCACUUUCUACUGGAGUCUGAUACUUCCAUGGCUUGAAAGUAUCAAGAAAUUUUCGCAUUGUAUAGUUCCAUUUUAACCCUUGUAUAUUUUCUCAUAGGCAAAAGCACUUUUGGUCACGUAAAUACAUAGAUUAUUUAUUUUAUGUGGACCGUGGCUUCUCAGGCUCCCCUAAUUCUGCUUAUUAAGAUAAUUGUUCUUACUUUAUGUAAGUGGAAAUCUUUGCUAAUGUUUAGAAAGUUUGUAUUGGUCCUGAAAGCAUCUGCUAGCUUCCAGUGAAUGCAGUAAUAACCAAUACUGUAUUCACAACUUAAUAAGUUACUUUCCUUGAGCCUUAAGGUAACUCUUUUUUUGCUGUCAGUAGCAGCAUUAAAGUUGUUGCUCUGUAGAAAAUGAGACUAUCAGUUGUCAGGGUUGAUUUUUAGAGUACUGUAAGUCAAUUAGCUGUCUUCCUGAUAAGUUAAUGCUUCCAUCAAAUAGUUGUGGAGUUGUUUGGUUUUUAUUGGGGGGGGGGAGCACACUUAAUUUAAAGCCUGACUAAAGAGGAAAAAUAAUUAUUUCACAUUUUGGGUCUGGGAUUUUUAGCCCCAGACAAUAACAUAAAAAUACUGGAUUGUAAUUACUUUAUAUUUUGGUGGGGGAAAACUAAAAGAUCUAAAAUCUUAGCACCCAGUAGUUGGACUCCUGAAUGUUCUUGGGACCGUCUAAAAACUUGUUUUGGGGUGUGGUGUUCUUUGCUAAAUUAUAGUUAAUUAACACCCACCUUCCUUAAUCUUUGGUACCAGACUCAAUUUUAUUACUUAGAGGUUUAAAUGACUCAGCUUCCACAAAAUGAAGUCUGAUUCCUAAAACUCAAAAUUAAGGUUGCAACAUGAAGAAUUUUACACUUUUAACAUAAUUCCCAGAUAUUGUCAGUGCCCCUUGUCUAAAAGCCUAUACUAAGUUUAUUGUAAAUUUCACAAAGAAACAAUAGGGAACAAAGGCAAGAGGCUUACAUUUAUAGUCAUCUUUACUCACAAUCUAUGUAACUUCAAACCAAAAACAGCUUAGCCAUUUAUCUAAAAUUAUUUAUAUUGCUCUUUUUAAAAAAAAAUUCCAUAAUUCAACUCAUUUAUUCAGGGCCUGAUUUUCCUGUUGGCAGACUAUGCUACUAGCCCUUUACUUCUCUCUUCCAGCCUUUUGGUUAUUUGACUGCUUCAUUAGUGCCUCCACCAGAAGGUGGAUGGAGGAAGGAAAAGGAGGGGAAACAAAUCUGUUCAUUUUAUCCUAUUAGUGAUUCUAGUAGGACUGGUGAAAGUAUGGGGAAGCUUUCAGAUAAAGCAAGGUUUCUGCAUAAUCAGUUUUAUUUUUCCUGUUAUUCCUGACAUCUGUUGACAUGGAAAGUUCAUUUUGCCUUUUAAAUGGAAUGUCACCCAAAUGUUAAUUAACAUUUAGUAGUACAAAGUGGAAGAAGUAGAAAGAGACGUUCAAUGCAAAACUCAGUAGCCUUUUUAAAAAGGUUUGUAAAAAUUUUUGUCCAGGCUCUGCCACAUUCCUUUUGCUAACAGAUUGCAAACUCUUCAAAGAAAAUUAAGUACAGCCUUUAAUUUCUCAUAGCAUUACCAUAAGAAUUUCUAAGGGGGGGGGAUGUAUUUCUUCCCUUUUUCUUUAGUACAGCUUAGGUGGAACCUGCUACCCUAAAGAGGAAUUUGGGGGAAAAUUUAUAUGAACACAUUUGUGUUGUGGGACAUGGGGGAGGGGGUUAAUUUUUAACUUAAAAGGUCAUCAAGCACCCAUCUCUCUUAGCUACUUAUCACCCCUUUUUGAUAAAAGUUCCCUUUGAAGUACCAAGUAUGGCUCCCAGAACCUGGAAUCCAUUCUGUCCUUGAAAAGCUAAAUAGAUUUCUUGAGACUAAGCAGGGUGUAAAUCUUGUCACUUGCCCUGAAUGUUGUUAGCAAUAGAAUGUGAGUUAUUUUGCAAUGGAAUGGCCAGCAUUUUAACAGUAACAUUUAGUGUUAAUGUUUCUUAGGGUGUUCUCUUACUGUCCUUUCUGGGCUGUAUGUAAAAAUGACUUUUUCAUGGUUAUUUAAGAAAAUCUAUUUCUGAGUAAUUCCCAGAUAGCAUAUUUUCCCAAUCUAGUAAAACUGCCAGCCACAUCUGCCAGUGGCUAAUGUACUACAUGCUUCCUUCCCUAGAAUAGCUUCUUAACUCUAACCCUAAGGUUGUUCUGCCAACACGUAAUCUGCAGAAGUAAUCUGAAUGAGCUAAAUCCAAAUUUAAAGUUUGUUGGAGCAGGAGACAGCUUCUUGAUCAGGAUGUACUUGUGUGUUUAAAUAAAUGGGCAGCAACUAAAAGGGAUAUGAUUUUGAAAUUUAAAUGUCUUCAAUCCAUAUGUAAAUAUCCACAUGCUUGUGCAUUGUAAACAGGUGUGUAUUCAUAUGUAUGAAAUUACAGAACUGGUUUCUGCUUCAUGAGAAACACAAUACCUUUAAUUUUAUAAGAUUUUCCCCCACAACCUUAUGUAUAUAGAACACUAAACUUGUAGUGAUAGGAUCAAUUCGGGAAUAUCUGCUGAGAGACCAAAAAGUUCAUUUCUUAAGUACCUUGGUUAAAGAAUAAAGAUUAUUCCUCUUGUUUAUUUAAAAAAAAUGCACUUUAACAAGCAAACGCAGCUGCAUGGUUCAAUUCAAACAGAUACAGUAAGUGCAGCACCCGUUCAAAAUCUCCCUGAAAACAAUUCAAAAGCAGAGUCAGAGCUGGCUGUAGGUCUUGCUGCCUAAGAGAGUGAAGCUCAGAUUCUUAUCCUUUGAGGCCAGCAGGACUGCUUUUUUAAAGAGCAAUGUGAAUACAGCCAGGAGCUACAGACAGGUCUGUAAAAGGGCAGGUCCUGGAUUUACCACUAGCUAACUAGCAAAACCAACCAGAAAAAAAAAGUUUAAAAAUUCAUGCUAGUGAGCACUCCUUACAAUAGCAGAUUUUUGCAAAUGGAGUUUUACAAGUCUAUAUUUAAAAAAUUGUAUGUUUGUAACAAAUAAAGUAUGCGGAAAAGUGAA